CGGCCCCGGGACCCACGGGUGCCUGUCUGCAGCGUGCAAAGCCCAGGAGGCUUGGGCAAUUGUGGUUUCCUCCCUGCCCUCGGGGACGCAGCCGUGCUAGCCCAGCCCCCCGCGUGUCUCAGGACCUCAUCUGCUCAGGCAUGGAGGAGACAGUUGUGCGACCUUCGGUGUUCACGGUGGACGGACAGACCGACAUUCCAUUCAGGAGGCUGGGGCACAGGCGUCGGAGACGGCCCUGCAGCACAGCCCAGCUGGGCCUGGGCCUCCUGCUGCUGCUGCUGGCCGCCGGGCUGGCCGUCCAGGGCUGGUUCCUGCUUCAGCUGCACUGGCGCAUGGGGGCGGUGGUCACACCCCUGCUGGACGGAGAUGCGAAAUCCUGGAAGCAGGUGAUGCAAGAGCGGAGGUCCUAUCAGACCAACCCAGCCGCACACCUUACAGGAGCCAACUCCAGCCUGACGGGCAGCGGGGGCCCGCUGCUCUGGGAGACGAAGCUGGGCUUGGCCUUCUUGAGGGGCCUCGGCUACCGCGAGGGCUCCCUGGUCAUCGCCCGGGCCGGCUACUACUACGUCUACUCCAAGGUGCAGCUGGGAGGCGUGGGCUGCCCGCCGGGGCCGAGCGGCAGCCUGCCCAUCACCCACGGCCUCUACAAGCGCACGCCCCGCUACCCCGAGGAGCUGGAGCUGCUGGUCAGCCGGCGGUCCCCCUGCGCGCGGGGAGCCAGCUCCCGCGUGUGGUGGGACAGCAGCUUCCUGGGGGGCGUGGUGCACCUGGACGCCGGUGAGGAGGUGGUGGUCCGCGUGCCCCAGGAGCGCCUGGUCCGACUCCGCGACGGCACCCGCUCCUACUUCGGGGCUUUCAUGGUGUGAAGGAAGGACUGACCGCAGAUCACGGGGGUCGGACAGGCAGCGGAACCUCAGAGAUGCUCUGGGGAGCCCCAAACUCAACAAGCAAAGAGCUCGGCAGCCACCUCCAGGGGCCGAGGACCCAGCCACCCCCGAAGGCUGCAGACCCAGCGAGCAACAAAGGAAACCCUGGGGACCCUGCCACAGGCGGUCCUGAAGACAAAGCCCCCGGGGACUCGGGGGUCUGGAGGCCCCCAAUGAGGGGAUAGCUAAUCUGCCUGAUAUUCAGGAAGAAGGGGCGAGGGGUGGGUAUUUAUGUUUUUGAUUCAGAGAAGAGUGGG